GAGGGGGUGAACACCUCAUUGUUGGGAUCAUGCUGAGGAGGAGCAUAUCAGUACCACCUUAGGUUGUAUAGUAACGCCACCUUAAGUUAACUUGUAAAUAUUGAGAGGAUGGGGUGAGGAAGAAACUGCGAAUAAAUUGGUGAAUUUUUGACAACAGAUUCUGUGUUAUGUCUUCUUACUUAACAGUUAUUCAAGGUUAAACUAAGCAUAACUUUUAUUCGUCCAUGAUGACUGUGAACAGGUGUCAAAGUGCAGAGUAAAGGAAGUAUCACUGAGGGUUCAACACAAAUCAGUUGGUAAAAAUGCAAGCAGAAAAGGGAAAGACACAUAGCAGUACCAUGCUGGAUUUGAUGCCUGGUGAAGUUACACCUAGGUUUGAACCCAACAAAGAGCAUUUUGAUUGUAGACAAUUUCUCGGUGAGGGGACAUAUGGCUUGUCAAAGUUAUGGAUUGCAGAUCACAAGCCAUCAGGAGCCAUUGUGCUUUUGCGAAAAACAAAGCUGGAUAAAUUAGAAUAUGAUGACUUAGAGAAUUUUCAGUAUGAAAUGCAGCUUUCAAGUCAGUUGCAGCAUCCUUCGAUUUUGUCAUAUCACUGUUCAUUUGUGGAAAGCAGAGAGAUAUGGACAGUCUUCCCAUUCUUUGAUUAUGGGUCAUGCUCUGACAUAAUCCAAGCUGGCUUUCCAAACGGACUUCAAGAGACUGCGGUGCUCUAUAUUCUCAGAAGCGUAUUACAAGGGGUACACUACCUCCACACGGCUGGUUAUAUCCACAGAGCAAUCAAGGCAAGCCAUGUUCUUCUAUGUUCUGAUGGCAAUGUCUGCCUGUCUGGCUUGCGGUAUUGUUACCCGAUGUGGAGCAAUUCCCAUCGUUUGAAAGUCGUGCAUAAUUUCCCAGCUCAUGCAGUGGCUGUUUUGCCAUGGACUGCUCCCGAGGUUCUUGAUCAGAAUCUUGUUGGAUAUUCAGAAAGGUCAGAUAUUUACAGCGUCGGCAUAUUGGCUUUAGAGCUUGCCACUGGAAAAAUACCGUUCUCUGGCCUGUCCCCAACUGAGAUAUUCCUCCAAAAGCUACAUGGCAGCCUCCCGAGCUCGCUUGAUUGCAGCAUCAGCAGACGCAAAUCCACAGAGCCGUCAAAUUCUGUUUCAGAUCUGAACUUCCCCGAGAAAGAACGCAAGCCAGCCAGCCCACUCCGGCUUCGAUCAAUGUCAACACCGCAAGGAAUGUCACGACGCUUUGAUACAUCUUUACAACAAUUUGUUGAGCUUUGUCUGGAUAGGAAUCCAUCUCAAAGGCCAACUGCUGCGAAUCUUCUGUCUUCCUCAUUUCUGAGACAGGCAAAAAGGAAAAGCAAGGAAUCUCUACACAUCGCACAUAUGAUUCGGCCAAUAUCCCCCAUUGCUGAUGUUUCAAAAAUAAAGGGCAUAUCAAUUGUACAGGAUACCGAACUUUCUGACGUCAUGGAAGGUAUGUCCGUCCAGGAAGAUUGGGACCUUUAACAGAUCUGCCAUGUUUUAAGGUGUGAUGUUUCUUCUUUUGAAAAUAACGCUCUAAUUAUGUAAAUGUAUGCUGUAAAAACCCAAGAAUUCCUGACGCUAUAUGUUCCUAGAAUUUUAGAAUAUUAAUUGUUCAAUGUUUUAGUUCCUUCUUAGCCAAUCAGAAACGCGAGCAUAUGACAAUAAAGACUGCCCAAUUUGUGCCACUUGCCUAUAAAAAAGUUGAAGCAAUGGAGUCCAUGGGAGGAAACGAACUCCUUAAGUCUACACAGGCACUGAUUGUACACAGUCAACACAGUCUACACAGGCAUCUUUAAAGCCCUGUGCUUGCGUUUCUGACUGGCCUUUUCCGAUCCACGACUGUAUUUAUAUACUUAACAUCUUAGAGUUUUUGUCUUGAAUGCGUUUUGAAAACUUUCAAGUUGUUGUUUUGUUUGAUGCGAAAAAAUUGCUUUCUUAUUCAUAAUUUUCUUUCAUUUACAUCCAAAUCAGCAGAA